UUUUGAUCGCUGCAAAUUUCGCCGGCGACGACGAUGAUCCGAUCACGAAGUGUCUUGUUAAUUUUCAGGAAGGUGUUGUAUCAAUCGUCUUGUCUUAAGUGUUUAUUAUGUGCAAACUCUUUCUCUACUUCAGUUUCGUCAAGCUUGGGUUUUCGAGCGACGAACAAAGAGUUAAACCAGAUGAUAAGAUCGGGGUAUAUCGCCGAAGCUAGAGAUAUUUUUGAGAAACUGGAAGCGAGGAACACAGUGACAUGGAAUACGAUGAUAAGCGGGUAUGUGAAAAGGCGUGAAAUGAAUCAAGCACGGAAACUGUUCGACGUAAUGCCUAAGAGAGAUGUUGUGACUUGGAACACGAUGAUUUCGGGGUAUGUUUCAUGUGGUGGGAUUAGGUUUCUUGAGGAAGCAAGGAAGCUGUUUGAUGAAAUGCCUUCAAGGGAUUCUUUUUCAUGGAACACUAUGAUUAGUGGUUAUGCGAAGAAUCGGAGGAUAGGUGAAGCGUUGUUGUUAUUUGAGAAAAUGCCUGAGAGAAAUGCAGUGUCAUGGAGUGCUAUGAUCACUGGGUUUUGUCAGAACGGUGAAGUGGAUAGCGCGGUUGUGUUGUUUCGGAAAAUGCCUGUGAAGGAUUCGUCUCCUCUAUGUGCACUUGUGGCUGGUCUUAUUAAAAACGAGAGACUUUCAGAAGCUGCGUGGGUUUUGGGUCAGUAUGGGAGUUUAGUUUCAGGAAGGGAAGAUUUGGUGUAUGCUUAUAACACUUUGAUUGUUGGAUAUGGACAGAGAGGACAAGUAGAAGCAGCUCGAUGUCUGUUUGAUCAGAUUCCUGAUCUCUGUGGUGAUGAUCAUGGUGGAGAGUUUAGAGAGAGGUUCUGUAAAAAUGUUGUGUCAUGGAAUUCUAUGAUCAAAGCUUACUUGAAAGUGGGUGAUGUGGUCUCUGCAAGGUUGCUAUUUGAUCAGAUGAAAGACCGCGAUACAAUUUCUUGGAACACAAUGAUUGAUGGAUACGUACAUGUUUCCAGGAUGGAAGAUGCUUUUGCUCUGUUUUCGGAAAUGCCGAACCGUGAUGCACAUUCGUGGAACAUGAUGGUCUCGGGUUAUGCUAGUGUUGGCAAUGUAGAGCUUGCUCGCCACUACUUUGAAAAAACACCUGAGAAACAUACAGUCUCGUGGAACUCGAUAAUAGCAGCUUAUGAGAAAAACAAGGACUACAAAGAAGCUGUUGAUUUGUUUAUCCGGAUGAACAUUGAAGGAGAGAAGCCUGACCCACAUACUUUAACUUCUCUUCUCAGUGCAUCUACCGGGCUUGUGAAUCUGCGUUUAGGAAUGCAGAUGCACCAAAUCGUUGUCAAGACUGUGAUCCCCGAUGUUCCAGUCCACAAUGCCCUUAUCACUAUGUAUUCAAGAUGCGGUGAAAUAAUGGAGUCGAGGAGAAUCUUCGAUGAAAUGAAACUCAAAAGAGAAGUAAUCACAUGGAAUGCAAUGAUAGGAGGAUAUGCAUUUCAUGGUAAUGCCUCAGAGGCCUUGAAUCUGUUCGGGUCGAUGAAAAGCAACGGGAUAUAUCCUUCUCACAUAACAUUCGUCUCAGUUCUGAACGCUUGUGCUCACGCGGGACUUGUUGAUGAGGCUAAAGCACAGUUUGUGUCCAUGAUGAGUGUGUACAAGAUCGAGCCGCAGAUGGAACAUUAUUCUUCCCUGGUCAACGUUACCAGUGGACAAGGGCAGUUUGAAGAGGCCAUGUAUAUCAUAACGAGUAUGCCUUUUGAGCCAGACAAAACGGUAUGGGGUGCAUUAUUGGAUGCUUGUAGGAUAUAUAACAAUGUAGGGCUUGCACAUGUUGCAGCUGAAGCAAUGUCGAGACUCGAACCAGAGAGCUCAACACCUUAUGUACUGUUAUAUAACAUGUAUGCGGAUAUGGGACUAUGGGACGAAGCUUCUCAAGUGAGAAUGAACAUGGAGAGUAAAAGAAUCAAGAAGGAAAGAGGAUCCAGUUGGGUUGACUCCUCAACGUAAAAAGCAGCCUUUAUUUAUGUUUACUUAAACAUAAAAAUUGAUUUGGGAUCAGAAUUGAGAUAGAAAUUGAU